AAGUGCGCCGAGAGCCGAGCUUAAGGGCAAGGCCGGCAAAUCAAUUUCAUUUCUUGAUCUUGAAUUAGGGUUUUAGAUUGCUACGAUAUUAAUGGAGGACCAGAGUCCAGGCUCAAGGGGUGGCAGCAGGCGGCGGUCGCUUUCGGUCGGCUCUGGCGCUCUGAUGGAUCCGAGAAGAGCGGAUCUAUAGGCCGCUUCGGGAGACUACGGGCAAGCCGGGCGUUUCAUCGGGUGCUCGAGCGGAUGAAGAAUAACCCUGAAGGCAGGGAAAUUCUCUUGGAGCGCCCCCGUGUCAUAUCAUCCAGAGUCUCACACGCAUGGGACUUACCGGAGAACACAUUUGGUGCAGCAUAUGCAAAGUUUAUGGGAUCAAGAAACUUCUCCCCAGACGAUCGCCCUACAGUUCGGUUCAUGGAAACUGAAGAACUAGCCUAUGUGGCAAUCCGAGCACGUGAGGUCCACGAUUUCUGGCACGUGCUCUUUGGCCUUCCCACAAAUUUAAUAGGUGAAUCCUCUCUUAAAGUGAUAGAGUUUGAGCAAAUGCUUCUUCCAAUGUGUUUGUUAUCGGUCGUCGGAGGUUCAGCUAGGUUUAACAAGAAGCAGAGGAGCUUGUUCUUUCGGCAUUAUUUCCCUUGGGCUACACGGGCUGGUAUGAGAUGCACAGAUUUGAUAUCAGUGUAUUAUGAGAAGCAUUUCGAUGAGGAUAUUGAGGAUGUGAGGAGGAAAUGGGGGAUAAUACCUUGCCCUGAUCCUAAUAUGAAAGGCUAACGUUUGUCUUUUUGGCCAUGCAUUUUUUUCUGCAUGCACCACAGGAAGUGUUUUUUCUGCAUGCACAACAGAAAGCAUAUAUUCAUUUUGAGUUGGAAGUAUGAAAUGCAAAAUGAAACAGUGAUGCAUUCAUGAUAUGUAUACUUCUGUUUCUGUGGAUGAAGUUGUUUCGUUUGUAAUUGCAAGCAGAAUUACUUUGGUUCUGAUGUGUCUAUAGUUGUAUGCUUCAUGAUGUUCUUGUGUACUGAAGUAAUAUAUGGAUCUGUCAUCAAGAUCAGAACGUCGAAGGUUGUUGUGUCCUCUUUCCUUUGAUCAAAUAAAAGAAAGCACUAAAUCUAGA